UUUCGCUUUGUUUAAAACGAAAUUAAUGUUUAAAACGAAAUUAAUAUUUAAAACAAUGACCACCUGGACGAUACUUUUUUUUUGUGUUCAACUUUCUUCAUUUAUAUUUUGCGAAUAUAAAGAUUCAGAAAUCCUUUGUGCAUCUCAACAAUCUUGCAAAAAUUGCUUGCAAACCCCGCGAUGUGUUUGGUGUUCUACUCCGGUCUCUAAUCAAAGCGUGAACAAUCCACUGGUUCGCUGUAUCACCAGAGAAAAAUUUUCAAACGAAGGUGAUCAUUGGUGUCGAACGUCGGACGUGAUAAUUGAGACGAAUAAGAUGUUGAUUCUCGAAAAUCGUCCACUGUCCUCAACGAAAGGCACGGAUCCCGUUCAAAUUCAACCUCAAAAAAUUGAUUUGAGACUCAGGCGAGGCGAGGAAUAUCGAUUGACUUUAAAAUACAGUCAAGCAGAGGAUUAUCCGGUCGAUUUGUAUUAUCUGAUGGAUUUAUCAAAGUCCAUGGAAGAUUACAGGGAUCAAUUAUCAAAAUUGGGAUUUCAAUUGGCCGAAGCUAUGCGAAACUUGACUUCAAAUUUUCGCCUAGGAUUUGGUAGUUUCGUGGAUAAAGUUGUACUACCUAUGACCAGUACGCAACCGGACAAAUUGAGAUCACCGUGUAACUUAGAUAAAACUAAGAAACCAUGCGCACCACCAUAUGGAUACAAGAAUCAGAUGCCUCUUACCGAAAACAUUGCUCUUUUUAAAACGCGCGUACAAGAAGCUCCGGUGUCUGGUAAUUUGGAUUCACCCGAGGGUGGACUUGACGCGAUGAUGCAAGCGAUGGUUUGCACCAAGGAAAUUGGCUGGCGGCAGAAUGCUCGGCAUUUUAUCGUUUUCUCAACAGACGCUAAUUUUCACAUCGCUGGAGAUGGCAGACUUGCGGGAAUCAUCGAGCCCAAUGAUUGCCUCUGCCAUUUGGACUCAGAAGGGUUCUACACGUACUCGCUUCUUCAAGAUUAUCCAUCUAUAUCUCAGAUCAACAAAGUAGCUCGCGAGAACAACAUGAACAUCAUAUUUGCGGUUACGAGCAAUCGAAACGAGACGUAUCAAUUAUUGAGUAAAAGUAUCAGAGGCUCUUCUAUCGGAACGAUAGAAAGGAAUUCUAAAAAUGUAGUUGCUCUUGUCAGUGGAGAAUACGAGAAAUUGGUGAACACCAUAAUAAUGACGGACGAUGCGCCAAAAAUGAUCGAUGUGAAAUAUUUCUCACGAUGUUUGGAUAAAAAUGGUGAAUUAAAAGAACGACAGGAAUGCGGAGGAUUACGAGUGGGGAAUAUCGUGGAAUUUGAAGUAACGUUACAGGCGAUCGAAUGUCCAAAGGAUUCCAACGAAUGGCAGACAAGUAUGCAUAUUAAACCCAGGGGUAUAAACGAAAGUCUGACGAUCAAUCUGAGCGUUGCAUGCGAUUGUCCUUGCGAACGGCCAGGACAUCCGGGAUACACGCCAGCUUCGGAAAAUUGCAGAGGGAACGGUACUCUGGUUUGCGGUAUAUGCUCCUGCGAUGAUGGCUUUUAUGGGAAGCAGUGCGAAUGCGAAGGAAACGAUGCCAGAGCGGAGAGUGCAGCUGCUAUGGCUGAUUGCAAGCCUAACAACGAGACCGCUGAAAUUUGUAGCGAUCAUGGAGUUUGCAAGUGCGGUGUAUGCGAGUGCGUGAAACGUCCAAAUCCGCAAGAAGUUUUCUACGGGAAAUAUUGCGAAUGCGAUAAUUUCUCUUGCAAACGCAAAGAGGGAUUAGUUUGCGGCGGGCGAGGGAAGUGUGAAUGUGGUACUUGCAAUUGCUUCCCGGGAUGGGGUGGCGAGAUGUGCGAUUGCAAAGAAACGAAUAGCACAUGCAUCUCGAGCAACAGCGAAACUAUGGAGAUUUGUAGCGGGCGCGGCGAUUGCAUUUGCGGUAGCUGUUAUUGUCAUGAAAAAGACAAUAUUCGAUAUUCCGGCCAGUAUUGCGAAGAGUGUCCCAUAUGUCCUGAUCAACGAUGCGAGCAAUUGAAGAAUUGCGUCGAAUGUGUGGUGCACAAAUCCGGUCCUCUUGCUAGAAGUGAAAAAUGUGACGAAUGCAUGCAUCAAAUAGAUAUUGUAGAUAAGAUCGUAGAAGAUUCAGGAAAAGAUCAAGGAAACGGAGCUCGUAUUUGUCGAACUCCUGGGGAUGGUGGAUGCACGUUUGUGUUCAAAUACGAAUAUUACAGAGACGGUACUGGAGGAGAUAUUAAGAUAUUCAAGAUCCUAGCUGAAAGAGAGAAGUCAUGUCCUGUACCUAUUAACGUUCUUGGUGUUGCUGUGGGAUUAAUAAUUAGUACUGUAAUUAUCGGUUUUAUGAUUCUUCUUACUUGGAAGAUAUUAACAAUGAUUCGCGAUAAUCGCGAAUUUAAAAAAUUCGAGCGUGAACGAAUUUUGGCUAAUAAAUGGAAUAGGAGGGAUAAUCCGCUUUAUAAGGAAGCUACAUCUACAUUCAAGAAUCCGACAUUCAACAUGAAUACGAUCAGAUAAAAUUUAUUUUCAUAAAACGAAUGAUUUCAUAAAACGAGCGCGCGAAAUAUUUCCAUGGAAAGAAGCCUAUUUUAUUAAAUGGUAGACGCUCCGAUAGAUAGCGCCACCAUAUUCAAAUUGAGAGUGACGACGCCAUGUUGAUUAAUUUUGUGAGAAGCUUUGUGAGAAGACAGUUUCUAGUCGAAGAGAUAAAACAUUUAUCCUUUCAAUCUUCUGGAAAACAACCUCUGUCUACUUUUAUUCCUGCAUUCCUAUCUUAUGCAUUCAUUCCGAUUAUUCCAAUUUCUGGAGCAUUAGAGAGCACAUCGAUACACGAACGAAUGGCAAUUACAUUUCAAAAUAUAAUUUCGAAGGGACUCUAAAUAAAGGAUAAAACGAAUAGUUGGACGGUUGAUGGGCAUGGAAUAAAUUUAGGCGAUACUGCCGAUCGUGGUGCAUCGUGCAGUCAGCGCUGUUGGACGAUCGAGAGUUGGUGAACGGAGUUGCACCACCUCUUCGCGUUUGACGCAGGCCGAGGCUCGUUAGUGCGCGCCCGUAAAUCAAGCCGCAGGGGUGCCAACCCGCUAAUAUUACCGGGGUUCCUUUAGGAUAGGAGGAGCACGUUCGCACCGCCGACGCGCACAGUAAACGUUCGAUAUAUCUCAUCGAUAAUGAGUUUGUUAAAUGGAUUAAUAUUCCACUUUUUCUUUUCCCUCCUUCUGCCGUUUAAGCUGGAUAUUCCAGUCCUACUAACUAUACGAAACUAUUUCGGAAUACAUCACUUUCUUUCGUUGUUACAGUUCGAGAGCAGUUUCACGAUCGAUACCAAGGAUCGAACAUCGUUUGGAUACAUUGAAAGCAUCGAUCGGAUACAUUGAAUCCUGGACUGUAUAUAAUCUCAAGAUCAUUUUGGAGGAAAAAAAGUUGAAAGGAGCAUUUUAGUUGAAAGAAGCAGAAGGAUUUUAACGCUCGAUGAUCCGAUUUAAUGGGAAAAUGAGAAUCGUCGAAUCCUUUCCGCCGAUUUAAUAUCCUGUUGUAAAGUAUUUUUUAAACUCGUUGGCAACGUAUUGGCACGUUUCGAUCUUACGAUUAGCGCGAUCCUAACGACUCUGCUAACUAAUAAACGAAAUAGCAAACUGUUUCGUAUCGAUUAUAUCGAGGAUAUCGGUUCGAAUCUUAUGGAAUCUGGUGCGCUCUUAGAGGCUGUAUAACUCGUAUAUACAACCGGAUAAUUAAUGGAGCCGGUAAUGAGCUGAUUAUUAUUAAUAAUAUUUAGUCGAGGUUAAGCCGAGGCGACCCCGCCGUGCUGGAGCCCGGCUGCUCGUUAAUUGAAUCUGCCAAUCAUCGUAAUGAGCGUCAGCGCCGGAUCUGCUGUCCGUUCUUCGUUGUUGCUCUUUAGGGCCUGAAAGCUUGAUGCUCGUUGCUUUCGAAAAACAAAAUACGCGUGUUGCACUCUGCAACCCUAUCCUAAGAAAUGUGAGCAAUUUUCUUCACCGACCGCCUUUCGAGAACUUGAUCGAUAUCGCGAACCCUGUCUAGAACCUUCUUGUAAUUGUUGUUAUUCGUUUACAUUAAUUACACGCGCGCCAACCAAACUUUUACUUAACGUGGAUCGAACCAUCGAAUUGUUUAUAGGUAAAUACAAAUAAUUGCGAAUCAAUACU